AUGGAAAUUGAAUUGUCGAGAAACUAUCUGACUGGUCCAAUCCCUUCUUCUAUAUGCAAUCUUAGCAAACUUAACAGAUUGUACCUUCACAAGAAUCAGUUAUCUGGCACCAUUCCUCUUGACAUUGCAAGGCUAAGCUCUCUUUCUGAAUUUGGAAUACACCAAAACAAUCUCAUUGGUCAAAUCCCUGCUUAUUUAUGUAAUUCGACAGGAUUGAAGAACAACAGUGGUUUAUGUGGUGGUAAUCACUCUGGAGGUAUUAAGCCAUGUAACUCGUCAGUUAUCAUCGGAAGAAAGAAAGCCAAACCAACACUUGCGGUGAUAAUUUUAGUUCCACUGUUUGGUUCCUUGUUUCUUUUGUUCACAUUUUUUGCUAUCUAUUUUUGCUUGCGAAAAAGACUAGUCGUAAGAAAUAUCGAGCAGGCAGAUCAACCAACAACUAUAAACACAAGAAGAAACGUAUUCUCGGUAGAGAAUUAUGACGGGAAGCUGGUGUUUGAAGAAAUAAUGGAAGCAACGGAAAACUUUGAUACCAAAUAUUGCAUUGGGGCGGGAGGAUAUGGCAGCGUCUACAAGGCGAAGCUAUCGACAGGUCAGGUUGUUGCUGUGAAGAAGCUUCACUCGUCAGAUGAAGAUUCCGACAUGAUUGAUCAUAAAUCUUUUGAAAGCGAAGUUCAAGCAUUGACCGAAAUCCGGCAUAAAAACAUCGUAAAGCUCUUUGGUUUCUGCUCAAGUGUAGAGCGACAAAUCUCAUUCUUGAUUUAUGAGUUUAUAGAGAGGGGGAGUUUGAAAAAGAUUUUAUGCGAUGGAGAACAAGCAGUAGAGUUUGAUUGGAUAAAGAGGAUAAGAUUCAUCAAGGGAACUGCCGAUGCACUUGCUUACAUGCACCAUGAUUGCAUUCCAGCAAUCGUUCAUAGGGACAUAUCUAGCAACAAUGUCUUGUUGGAUUUGGAAUAUGAAGCGCGUGUUUCUGAUUUUGGUACUGCUAGGAUGUUGAAGCCAGAUUCAUCUAACUGGACAUUAGUUGCAGGAACAUAUGGAUAUAUUGCUCCAGAACUGGCCUAUACAAUGAAGGUAACCGAGAACUGUGAUGUUUAUAGCUUUGGAGUACUUGUACUAGAAGUACUACACGGUAGACACCCAUCUGAGAUUAUCGCAUUACUCUCUCCUGAGCUCCUUCCAACGUCGUCUUCAACUUCGACUUCGAAUGUUCGGGUUAAAAAUAUAAUGCUGAAAGACAUCUUAGACGAGUGCCUUGAAGCACCAACGGAUGCUGUGAAGAAAGAAAUAAUGUCCUUUGUAAAGGUUGGUCUCUCAUGCUUACGAGGUGAUCCACAUACUCGGCCAACAAUGCAAGAAGUGUCAGUGGAGUUAUCACGAUCAGCUCAGAUCAGGACAUCUUUUGGGAAGCCCUUUGAAACUGUUACAUUGGGUGACCUACUGACGGGGGACUCGUAAGAAUGAUGUGCAGCUAAAUCGUCUGCAUAUUCCCUUCACUUGUCUUCUUUAAUUAUUCAGUUGCAAGAACUAUUCCAUAUUGUCUGCGCAUAUACAUUUCACUUGUUUUUUCUUUAAUCAUUCAGUUACGAUACUGUUAAGAAUAUCCAUGAAGUUCUUGGUUCAAAUGUUGUGCAAGAACUAUUCCGAGCCAAAG